AUGAGUCUAUUGAUGGGACAACCUCAGCAAAUGAGUUAUGCUCAAGAUCUUCCAAGCGUUGCUUCCAUGGACGACAAUAACAACCGCUACCACCAACUACCAAUCACCAGUCAGAUGCCUUCUACCACUACUACCACCAACAGCAUCAACGCCGCCCCCGAUCUUCUGGUCAUAGCAUCAACAAUAAGUGUUGGCCAAGAAGGUUUGGUUUGGACUGAAAGUUCUUUUCUUAAGGCCGUGGAGGAAGAAUGCAACUAA